AUGAAGUUUGCUUGGCAAGUUGCUGAUGGAAUGUCGUAUUUGUCAUCAAUACCAAUUAUCCAUCGAGACCUUGCAGCUCGUAAUGUGUUGGUGGGAGAAGAAGAAAAGAGCAAAGUAACAGACUUUGGUAUGGCCAGGGAUGUGCAAGAGGACAACAUUUAUCAACGAAAGUCUAAGGGACGUCUCCCUGUUAAAUGGAAUGCCAUUGAGGCAUUGCAGUACGGAAAAUAUUCUACAAAGAGUGAUGUGUGGAGCUACGGAGUUCUCCUCUAUGAGAUCUUCACGAUGGGUAAUACCUGCCUUAUUUCAUGUGGUUCGCCGUAUCCAAGGAUGGAUGGAAAAAAAAUGGCAAACUUGCUAGAAGAGAGCUACAGAAUGCCUGAACCACAACAUGUGGAUGAGAAGUUGUAUGACUUAAUGACAAACUGUUGGAAUAACGACCCUAACUUGAGACCAUCUUUUGAAAAUCUGAGGAACGAACUCAAACAAAUGGAAAAUCAGCGCAAGAAGCUGAUAAACUUAAAGAAUUAAGACGAUCGACUCUACGUUAAUGUUGACGAUCUUGCUGUGUAAGCGGUUGCAUUCUUAUGGAG